GGUCCGCGUGAACUGGAAGAGGUGAAGGGUGAGGAGCAGAAAGUGAAAUGUAGCGGUGCGACUACCAGUCUGGAAGAAGAGUGUUCCCCUGUCAUAGAACCUGGUCCACAAAAGACAGAUACAACAGUGGGCCAUGGCGAUGGUGAAAAUGAAAGCAUAUCCUCUGCAAAGUUGGCGGAUCUUCAACUUAAAUUGGAAAUGGAAAAGACAACGUCGCCCUCUACUUCGCUUCCCACAGUUGUUGACAUACGGCUUGAUGACACAGUAGGGUUCUACCCUUCCCAGGAGUUUUUGGGUAGAAUUGCUUCAAAGUACCUUCAGGAAGUGGAUCCAUCACCACCAGAGGAGUUAAAUGGUUUUUUACAGUAUUUGAAAAAACAUCGCGAUGUUAAAAUUGUUGGUGUUAAAACAGGAAGCUUAAUAAUGACAGCAGAGUGUAGCUCUCUCGGGAACUUGGAUGAAUUGUGGAAAGCCUAUUGCAUAGGUUACCUAAACGAAAUGGCACAAUUUCUAGUAACACGGGAUGUUCUGACAAGAUUUGGUCUAACCGAGGUGAAACUUAUAACUACCAUCGUGAAAGAAGAGUAUGAAGCUUGUCGAGAGGUGUUUUUAAAACAAGGUGCAGGUGCGUAUAUUUUAUGGAUACUGUCACAUCUUUUCCGUAGGUUAUGA